UUUUUAUUGGAUGGGACUGGAUGGAGAAACAAGAAAACUGACCAAUGAGGUGACGGGGAGGAGGUUAGAGGGUCAGUAGACCAGCAGUCACAUGAAACCAAUGGUGAUUGCAGCAGACCACAGGAACAUACAACUUUAAUUGAUACAUUUAGAGACAAACUAAUAAAGAGGUGUGAUGUCCAGUCUAAAGGAGAUCUGUGCAGGACUACCUCUUGAUCCUCUUCCACCAAACCGUGGCAGGGAUCCGAGCGUACCUCACGCACCCGUGCGUACUCCAAACCUUACCGCAACAGAAGAACGGCUGGCUUUGAAGAAUGCUUUGAGAUACUUUCCCCAUGCACUUCAUGCGACUCUUGCUGCAGAGUUUGCACAGGAGCUCAGACAGUAUGGGCACAUAUACAUGUAUCGCUUUUGUCCUGCACUCCACAUGAGAGCCUAUCCCAUUGAUCAGUACCCAUGUAAAACAAUGCAAGCAGCUGCCAUUAUGCUUAUGAUCAUGAACAAUCUGGAUCCUGCUGUAGCACAGUUUCCACAAGAGCUGGUGACGUAUGGAGGAAAUGGACAGGUAUUCAGUAACUGGGCUCAGUUCUGGCUGGUUUUUCACUAUCUGAGCACCAUGACUGAAGAGCAGACUCUUGUAAUGUACAGCGGCCAUCCAUUGGGUCUGUUUCCCAGCCUCCCGUCUUCACCACGCUGUGUAAUAACUAAUGGCAUGGUUAUUCCAAACUAUUCUUCCAGAGAGGAAUAUGAGAAGAUGUUUGCUCUGGGCAUUACCAUGUAUGGGCAGAUGACGGCUGGAAGUUACUGUUACAUUGGCCCUCAGGGCAUCGUCCAUGGCACCAUGUUAACAGUGCUAAAUGCAGGUCGGAGAUACUUGGGCUCCGGUGACUUGAGGGGGCGUGUCUUUGUGACCUCUGGUUUGGGUGGCAUGAGCGGAGCACAAGCAAAGGCUGCUGUCAUUGCUGGCUGCAUCGGAGUCAUUGCUGAAGUUGAUGAAGCUCCUUUAAAGAAAAGACAUGAGCAAGGCUGGCUGAUGGAGGUUACUAGUGACCUAAACCACUGCAUUCAAUGCAUCAGGAAGGCCAAAAAGUCAAAGACUGCUUUGAGUUUAGGUUACCAUGGUAACGUUGUGGCUCUUUGGGAGCGGCUGUACCAGGAAUACGAGCGAACGGGAGAUUUAUUGGUGGAUUUGGGUUCCGAUCAGACAUCACUUCAUAACCCGUUCAGUGGAGGAUAUUACCCAGUGCAACUUACUUUCAAACAAGCCAAUCAAAUUAUGAACGCAGAUCCCCAGCACUUCAAAAACUUAGUACAUGAGAGUCUUCGUAGGCAGGUGGACGCUAUCAAUAAACUCUCAGAUGCAGGGAUGUUCUUCUGGGACUAUGGCAAUGCUUUUCUGUUAGAGGCUCAAAGAGCAGGUGCGGAGGUGGCGAAGAAAGGAGGAGGAGCUACUGAGUUUAAGUAUCCCUCAUACGUCCAACACAUAAUGGGAGAUAUUUUUUCACUUGGUUUCGGGCCGUUCCGCUGGGUCUGUACCUCUGGUGACCCUGCUGACCUGGCUAAGACUGACGCAAUCGCCGCUGCUGUAUUAGAAGAGAUAAGCGCUACGGUAAACGAACGGGUUCGACAGCAGUACACCGACAAUAUCCGCUGGAUCCAUGAGGCUGGGAAGCACAAGAUGGUUGUGGGUUCUCAGGCCCGCAUUCUCUAUUCGGACCAGAGAGGAAGAGUAUCCAUCGCUUUGGCAAUAAACCAAGCCAUUGCUGAGGGGAGAGUCUCGGCCCCAGUAGUGAUCAGCAGAGAUCACCAUGAUGUCAGUGGAACAGACAGCCCAUUCCGAGAGACCUCUAAUGUUUAUGAUGGCUCUGCAUUUUGUGCUGACAUGGCAGUGCAAAACUGCAUAGGUGAUGCGUUUCGUGGUGCCACAUGGGUUUCCUUGCAUAAUGGAGGCGGGGUUGGAUGGGGGGAAGUGAUAAAUGGAGGUUUUGGCUUGGUUUUGGACGGUUCUGAAGAAGCAGGACAGAGAGCUCGACUAAUGCUAAAUUGGGAUGUCUCUAAUGGGGUGGCACGGAGAUGUUGGUCUGGCAAUUCUAAUGCUUAUGAGACAAUUCAGCGUACCAUGGAGGAUCAGAGUCAGCUAAGAGUCACCAUGCCCUACAAAGUACAGGAUGAACACAUUCUGGACCGUGUACUACAGAGCUAAAUUCAAACCUAAAAUGUUAUAUCAAAGAUUAUGCAUUGAAGUACAACUGAAUACUUUAAUAAAGUUAUACCAAAUACA